UAAAAUAUGAUGUAGAAUUUGAAAAGACUCAAUGGACAUUCUCAAGCCUAUUUGGAAAUAUUCUUGCUAAUGGAUUUCCUUCUUAUUGGUCUCUGUUUAAACUGGCUGCUGAGGAAGCCCCCGGGGUUGAUAUUGUGUACGCUGGGUAUCUUUUCUAAAAUGCUUCCAGCUGUGAAUAGUGGGUGUCCACAGCUCUGUCGGUGUGAGGGCAGGCUUUUGUACUGUGAAUCACUGAAUCUCACAGAGAUGCCUCGCAACCUGUCGGGCAUGAUGGGCUUGUCUCUGCGGUACAACAGCCUUUCAGAGCUGCAUGAUGGACAGUUCACAGGGUUAAUGCAGCUCACGUGGCUCUAUCUGGAUCACAAUCACAUUUGCUCAGUGGAGGGGAAUGCCUUUCAAAAAUUGCGGCGAGUUAAAGAGCUCACCCUGAGUUCCAACAAAAUAACCCAACUGCCCAACACCACUUUCCGCCCCAUGCCAAACUUGCGCAGUGUGGAUUUAUCAUACAACAACCUGCAGUCUUUGGAGCCUGACCUGUUCCACGGGCUGAGAAAACUGACAACUUUGCACAUGCGGUCGAACGCCAUCAAGUUCGUGCCGGUGAGAAUUUUUCAGGACUGUCGCAGCCUGAAGUUUCUAGACAUAGGAUACAAUCAGUUAAAGAGCCUGGCUCGAAACUCUUUUGCUGGCUUGUUCAAACUCACUGAGCUGCACCUCGAGCACAAUGACUUGGUGAAAGUGAAUUUAGCCCAUUUUCCCAGGCUCAUCUCCCUGCACUCCCUCUGCUUGCGAAGGAAUAAAGUUACCAUCGUAGUAAACACUUUGGACUGGAUAUGGCAACUCGAAAAGAUGGAUCUCUCCGGCAACGAAAUCGAGUACAUCGAACCUCACGUUUUCGAGAGUGUACCUCAUCUCAAAUCCCUGCAGCUGGACUCCAACCGGCUGACCUACAUCGACUCCCGAGUCCUCGACUCCUGGAAGUCCCUCACGAGCAUCAGCCUCUCCGCCAACGCCUGGGAUUGCAGCCGGAACGUCUGCGCCCUGGCCUCCUGGCUCAGCAACUUCCAGGGUCGCUACGACAGCAACCUGCUCUGUGCCACCCCCGAGUACGCCCAGGGAGAGGAUGUUUUGGACGCCGUGUACGCCUUCCACUUGUGCGAGGACGCCGACCCCACGAGCGUCAACACCUUCUCCCCGGUGACCAACAACAGCGAGCAGACGCUGGGUUAUGGCUCGGCCACCGCCACCUACGACGCGCCCGACGGCGACGAGGACCGGACCACGUACGCCGUCACCAUCACCAUGCCCGGCGAGAACUCCGAGAACGCCGUGCAGAUUCACAAGGUGGUGACGGGCACCAUGGCACUGAUUUUUUCCUUCCUCAUCGUGGUUUUGGUGUUGUACGUCUCCUGGAAGUGCUUCCCGGCCGGCUUAAGGCAACUAAGACAGUGCUUUGUCACACAGCGCAGGAAGCAGAAGCAGAAACAGACCAUGCACCAAAUGGCUGCCAUGUCAGCCCAGGAGUAUUAUGUUGAUUACAAACCCAACCACAUUGAGGGAGCCCUGGUGAUCAUUAAUGAGUACGGAUCUUGCUCCUGUCACCAGCAGCCAGCGAGGGAAUGCGAGGUGUGAUUUUCCUUUGGGAUUUAAACAGUGUGCAACCAAAUAACAGCGUGCAGGCAGACAGUGGCACGGGGUGGGGGGGGGGUGCUGGGCUUUGCUGGUGAUUUCUGACGUGCACCCCUGCCCAAAUUGUUUAAGAGGGGCUGUCCAAAAGACUUGAUAUUUUAGCUUUAUCGUGUCUUAAAAACCUUCAGGACAGCCAAUCUUAAGGUUUCAUAUGCUAAUACUCCCUUUGAAGAUCUGUCAAUAUUCAGGAAUCUGAGAGUGUAAAAAAAGGUACCAAUUACUGAUCUUUUGUAAACUAAGAAAACUGUUUAAAAUAAAAAAAAAUAGCAUUUACAGUUUUUA